GUGACCAUUAAGAAGAAAACGCAUUUAGUUAAUAUCCGGCAAAGGGAGUGACGGUGCAUGACUGAAGUUCAAGACAAUCUCGAGAAUUUAGCCAAAAAAUAGAACAAAAUGCUGGUUUUUGUCGUCUGUGGGCUUACCCUAUUGUUCACACCUAACGGUAAGUUCGAAGACCAUUAUGUUUCCCCGGCUCGAGGAUCUUUUUGGAAAACAAAAUUAAUCCGUGAUCAUCAUAAUAAAUAUUUAGGCGGUGAUGCAUAACGACGAGAAUAUAUAGAAAGUAGAUUCGAAGAAUUUUCAAUUUCAGUCCUUCUUUGAAAUUAACUUUGACAGUUUUUCCAUGCAACUGCCUGCAUACGAAAUUUAUGGCACCCCAAUAGAUAUUUGAAACGAACGCAUUGAUCCGCGUUGCAGGUGCUUGUGACUGCAUAAUUUCCUCCCUUUCAAACUAUAUCGACCAUUUAUUUAGUUGUUGGUUAAGUAAGAUCCAUGCUCAGAGAGUCAUGUUUGAAGCAAGCGCAGGUUAGUUAUGAACUGAAAACUACAUUUCAAAUAAUGCGAGGUCCUUCUCUGUUAACUUUUUUUUCUUGCCAAAGUUCAUGAACUGGCCUUUUCAGUCAUAUUCUUAGUAUCUGUUCUGCUCGCUUUUAAACGGCAUAUUCGCAAAAGUUUGGUGACACCAAGUACAGUGGAACCUUAAUACAAUGAAUGACUAAGGGACUGCCAUGUAAAUAUGAUCGCUAUAAAUAUGUUUACUUUAUAUAUCAAGGUUCUUUUCCAUAUAUUCUACUAUUACUGGGGCGAAGAAUAUCGCUCGUUAUUUAUACCGCGCGACAAACUCGCGACAGUGAGGCUCAACGCGCCGUAGAAAACUUCAUCAAACCGUGAGUAAAAUAGAUAUUUUGAGAAUGGACCUCUAGGGCCAGAGAAAUCAACGCAUUCCUGGUAUUUCAAAGAAAAAUGAUCAGAGUUCCAAGAUAUUUUGAUGGACGCUGUCGAGACGUUAUUUCCUAUUCAACCAAGCCUUGAUUCAAUAAACAAAACUAACUAUUAAAACCUUUACAAUUAAUUUCGCUGAAGAAGGAAAAAAAUCGAAUUUUUUUCCUGUUCAGUCCAGUCAGUAGUUUAGAAAGUCAAGACACACCUUACCUCGGAAGAACUUGACGGUCAAUUAUCGUAAAUACAAUAUUUUCUAAACCGCACCUCCUUCAUUAAAAAUAACUCCCUUUUAUGGGAGACAACAAAACCAGACAUUAUCGAAUCACAAAUACUUUGUAAAAAAUCAACCUUAGAAUAAGAUGCUAAUUUUAGAUGGCGUGUGGGGCUGGUGUAAUUUCAUUAAACUUUUUAAAAAUAUAUAAAAAUGAGAUAUGCCCUUUUCACAAUCAAAAAGCGUUGAGUUCCUUUAUAUCAGUCGCCUGUAAAGUUUUAUGAUAUACUGUGGAAGUAGUGUUAUUGGCCAAGCUUGUUCAAUUAUGUCUAGGAUUUACAAAAUUAACGAUUCUUCGCGAUGGCCUAGCGAAAACUGCAAAAUUUACAAAAUUCGCGAUUUUUGGCCAAAAGAAAAGAGGCGCUGCGAAUCUAACAACCUGUUCCCCUUUCUUAUGUAUAUGUAAUCACAUGGGCCCGAGGGCAAUUAAGAGCGGAUGUCUGUAAAUAUCGACCAAAGGAAGGAAAAAUAAAAUUUAAAAAAAAUCCCAAAAAAUAAUGUAGACUACCCUAGGUAUUCUAGUAACAAACAUAUAAAUUUCAGGUUUAUUGGAUAAAUAUUUUGGCGAUACGGCGAAUGUCAAGUGCUGGCGAUAAACGGCCUCCGCCAGACCGCCCCUGGACCGGGUGACGAAAAGACGGCGAUUUCAAUCGAAUUCAACUAUCACUCAACCCCAAAAGCUCUUAUCGUAUUAAAAGGGUUUUAAUACACAUGUUGAGAGGUCAUGUUCUUGAAUUGAUCACAGAUGGAAUAUUCUAUGCAUUUUUAAAUAUUUACAAAAUUUAAAGACUUUCACCCGAGCAAAAUACUGUUAAAUUUCAAAGCCUAAAAUCACAUCCGAUACAUGAUUUUUCAAACAGAAAAAGACGUUCCACAUGAAAAAGCAAUCUCUAAGCUUCUUUCAAAACCCUGGGCAACAUAUGAAACGAAUUUUUGGGAACGCAAAAUUCACGGAGUACGUGAGUCCAAUUGGACCUUUUCUGACUUGACUGUUAGGUUCGGGGGGACACGAACAAAUGUCUCAGCCAAAAUACGUCUAAUUUAGGCAAUCUCAAGUCCCACAGUAAUACAUAGAUGCUUCAUAUACAUUAGGCGGAACGUUUCAUGCCAUUUUGGCAGCCGAGAUCGGCUAUUUAUAGAGUUGUUACGAGCUUUAGUUGAUUAAAGAGUUGAGUUUGAGUCAAGAUUGAGUCUUUUUUCUACAGAAAAUGCGUUUUCACCGUUUUGGCUUCAGUUUUUAGUUUUUUUUUUUGUAUUUUUGUUGCUGUGUUUUCAUGAUUGAUGCGUGUAACUACGCCCCUGCAAGAGAAAACGAAACACUUCAUGGGCGCAUCUUAUCAGCGAUAGCACUAUUCACAUCACUGUGAGAGUAAUGUUCUUUGAUCUUCUUCUUAUUCAAACAUAAGACUGUGUUCUUCUUUUGGUCUCUAAAUACCCUGAAUUGUCUCUAGUUUUGAAUGAUCUAUCUUCAUAGCUGAUGACAAAAGAGAACUGAUUAAACGACCAUCGUGCAGAAAAAAAUGGACGUACAAGGGGAAGAAAAAUUUAACAACUGUUCUUUUUCCCACCAUUGUUUAUGCAUUUGUGACUGACUUGUAGCAUUAUGAUUUUGAAGUUUCCAAUACUAUUGCACUAUAAAUUAUUGCAUGGACUCUUUCAUUGCAAAGUCAGGUGCUCUCUGCUUGUCAAAGCAACAUUGUUACUAGCAGGAUAGGCUUCAAAUUCAAGGGAUCUGCUAUUUAUCGAGUUACGAGUUACGAAGUUAAGUUUGAAUUGAGUUUGAGUUAAGAUUGAGUUACCAAAAAGAUGCCUUUUUUCUACAGAAUUUUUUUUCACCGUUGAUUUGAGGUUUUUUUUGGUUGUAAUUUUUGCGUUCGAGGUUCGAGAACGCAACCUCUAAUUUGUGUUGGGUGUUAUGUGCCUUAUUGGGUGUCCUGUGCAAUUAAUAAGGGAGGUUACCGUUUUUGAGAUUACAUUUUCGUCGUCGUCGACAUACAUUUACCCCACUUUGAAGUGCUUGCUUACGUUUUGUCUCACUUUGUUUCGUGUGUCUUCGGCGUUCACUAUUGAAAGGUUUGCUGAGGUGUGAUAUUCUGUCUUCGUAAAGCGUUCAUCUUUUAAAAAGUUUGUUGAAUCUUCGUAAAGCGUACAUCGAUCUGUGUUUGUUGAAUCUUCCAAAGCGUUCAUCUUUCAGAAGUUUGCUGUUAAAUUUUACUUUGGAUUAAGCCUUCAUAUUUUUCAGCAUGGUUCGUCACUGUCUUUCGAAAAUGUGUGCGUUUCCUGGUGCAUGCGUCAAAACCAGGUUUAGUUCGGCUGCCUUUGUGUCACAAAGUAAAUCUACCGAGUUGUGUAGCUCGGCAGCCGUUGUGCCACAAAGUAAAUCUACCGAGAUGUGAGGUUUGGCGGCGCCAUUUGAUCAUGACUUUUGAUAUUUUCGGUACCAGGCAAACAAACACUUUAACUCUAUGUUAUUUAUUAGGAAAAACUUUUAAACCAACCCACAGUAGCGCCACUCUCGAGUCACUGAAAUCAACACGCUCGACCAAAUUACUGGAAAAGUUAUUGACGUGAGCCGCACACACAUUCCACUGAAGGCUUUGACAGGGUUAGUGCGAAAUUUGAAUUCAGAUGUGAAAGCUUUUAAAAGAGUAAAUUCAGUUUAAUUCAUUUUGUCAACAAGUUGAUGAUUGGAUGCUCUUAAAAAUAACAGAGAAAACUAUCCGAAGAAAUGUUUUUAAAGAAAGAAAAAGAAUCCCGGGUUAAGCACUAGUCGGCUUUUGAACAACUGCGCCCUGUAAUCGCGCCAGUAAAACAAAAGUUAAAAUGUUCUAUUUACACGCCCGACGCACUCUGGCCACUGUCUUCUCCGAUUACAAGCACUUGACACCGAACCUUAUACGACAUCUUUUCAAAAUCUUCUUAUAAUGAUACACAGUUUAAAUAGAGGUUUCGUUGUACGCAACCCUUACGUUCAAAAUAUGCCAUAAUCAUAUUUAUCUAUCGCAAGAACCAUCCAGUCUUCCCCCUCGACUGUUACCUGCCUGCAUACGCCUAACAAACAUAUCGAACGCACUCUCCUAAGCUCCGAUUACUCCUAGUUAUUAUUGCUUUUUUAUGACUGGUGCGGGUAGGUACGCUCCUGCAUUAGGAAAUGAAACUCCUCAAGGGCGCAUGUUACCGGAGAGCUCUGUUCACAUGCAUUUUCUAGAAAAGCAAUAUUUCGCACAUAAAACCUUUUUUUAGUCGCUAGAUACCCGGUACGGUCUCUUUUAACUGAUCUCUCUUCCUAGACGAUGCCAAAAGAGAAAUAAUUUUGUGAGGGGCAUUGUGCAAAAAAAUAUGGAAAAAGAGAAGGAAAAAAAUGGACUAAUAACAGUACUGUUCUUUUAAUCCCACGUUUUGUGUCCAGCGGUUUUAGUGAAAACAAGGGUUUGUGAGGGUUGCUCAGUCUCGCAGGCUCACAAACCCUUCCUUAGGUCGAUCUUAUUUUGUAUUUGCCUUCCCCCACGGCUGUGUUCUGAUCUUGCAGUUUCCAAUUGCACUAAUUGUUGCAUGGACUCCUGAUCACCUUCGUAUUUCGUCAUCCUGAUCCCGCAUUUUUCAUUGCAGAGUGCCCUCUGCUGUUGCAAGCAACAUUGUUACUAGCAAGGUCGGCUUUAAAUUCAAGGUUUUUUCUGUCGUAGUGGCUAUGGAUCGAAACACUAGAUAUCCUGAUGUAGGAUCAUAAGAUAGUGUUUUGUCAUUCUCCUCAAACACGACUUCAACUCCCACGUACUCUUGGGUUGCGUUGGAUUGGGAAAUCCGUAUUUAGAUUUAAUUUGAAAUCCGGAUUUCGGAUUUUGCAAUCGAACGCGAAAUCCGAAAACGGAUUUUACCUCCGAGAAAUCCGUCCUCAGGGUGGAUUCCAAUUAAGAAAUCCAAAUCCGGAUUUCAUGGAUUUCCGUUUUACCAUUCUAUUAGGAAAUCCGAAAAAGGAUUCGCAAAACUGUUCUCGUGAACAGCGGUCUUUUUUGCCACUUACGCGUGCGCCAGCAAGACCGCUGUUCUUAAGGACAGUUUUUCAAAUCCUUUUUCCUAUUUUCCAGUCGAACGGAAAAAAUGAAAAUCCAAAAAGAGGUAUCUCAGCGUUGAAAUCCGUUUUCGGAUUUCACGUUCGAUUUCAAAUCCGAAAUCCGGAUUUUAAAAUCAAAAUUCAGAUUUCCCAAUCGAACGAACCCUCGUGGACUCUCAGAGAAACUCGUCGCGUAGAAAUGCCGGUCCAUUGAGGUCAACAAAAAAUGUCCCGUCCGGGUGGGGGUUAGUAUUUUUCUGUUUUUAUCCGUGACACUUCUAAAUGAAGCAUACAUGAGGUAAAAACAACAAAACGGUCAAGGAGAACUGGAAACAAGUUUGAAAAAAUAAAAAGAGAUGGCGGUUGAAACGCGAAGAAUUUUUUUGGGCUUUCAGAGACGUUUUCUGGAAAUUUUCUUCGCGCUGGCUACCCCUCAUGGGUUUAGGUCAAAUUCAAAGGAAAACAAAAAACCCAGUUUUUGUCACAUUCUUUGGUUUAAAAGACUGCGGUGGUUUUAAGGCAGACGAGAGAUGUCACGAUAUCAGGUGGUACCGUUCGCGUUCUUUCUGUGCUGUUUCAGUUGAUUUUUAAUCGCGAAUGGAUGAUCACGGCCCUAUUACAAGCCAAAUGCUUGAACUCGAUCAAUGAGUAAAAUUUUAAAAAAACUUUUUCCUUGGUUCACACUCGUAGCCAUCGCGUUAAAACCGAAAACAUUAUGAAAAAGAGUUCGCCAAAAAGCGCCUGUAUUAAUAACGGGCCACCUUAAUUUCUGCAAGCAUAGCAGCAAUUAUCAAGCCCGAACGAUGAUAUUACGAUAUGGGCGACCGUUACCACUAAAAAUACAAUCAUGUCAAAUAGUACAGACAAAACGCAAAUGAUCUAGUGAUGAAUUACGAAGUGAGUUCAAAUAAUAAAGAAAAAACUCAUUCUUAAAAUAAUAUAGCCUGGUUGUUUUGUGUGAAAUGCUUCACCUAAACUACAAACGAUUCGGUCAAAUGAGAAGCUGUCCACUGGUAGAUGAUAAAACGAUACCGUCCAACAAUUCCUCUUUUUAAAUUGAAAUUUGGUAAAAAAAAAAAAAAAAAAAAAAACAUUCCUAUGGCCCAUAAAUAAACAGCAUUACGUCAGACCCCACAUAGAUUAGACAACUGUACAGUACCGCAAAUGAUCCCCAACCGUAAAUGAUCCCGAGACCGCAAUGAUCCCCAAAAUGGACCGCAAAUGAUCCUCGACCGCAAGUGAUCCCCAAAGUCGACCGCAAAUGAUCCCGAAAGAAAAACAGGAAUGACUUGGACUUAAGUUGGCGGAUCAUCGUGUCGAUUUUAUUUUUAUUACAAAACGUCAGAUUAAAAGCUAAAUUUUACUUCGAAAAUAAAUCUUUGAAUAAAGACUAAAUGAAAAAAAAAAUCAUUCAAGUCUAAAAACGAAGUCGGUAGGCAACACACGACUUUUACCUCAUGCUAAAAAGCUGCUUGUUCAAAUGAGUUUUUUUUUUCCGGUUCUGGCGGGUAGAUUAUACCUCUGAAGAAAACGAUUUAACUGAGCAAAUGUGAUUUUUGCCGCUUAUUUCAUACUGAGAGGUCAUGACACGCAUUUUCUGCGGUUAUUGUUGUUUCUAGUCGGCAUGAUUUUCCCUUUGAUGCAAGAGCAUUAGGGGCGUAGCCAGGAUUUUUAAGGGGGGGGGGGAGGGUCACAGACAGGGGCACCAUCCGGGGAUCGCCGGCUAUAUAGGGUUUAUACCGCUGCUCUCCCUCGUGUAUCAGCGGGCUCAGUCGUAUUAUCGCGGCAUGAAGGCUCAUAUUAACUAAAGACAAGAGCCGUUGACGAAAAUACUUUACAAAAAAACAAAUUUAAAAAAGUGGGCUUUUCAAGAAUGGCUUUUACGGCCAAGAUAUUGUCAUGGCGUUUUCGCCACCUGAAUAUUGUAGGUUGUUUGCUCAAAAGAAGGCCUACCAAGGGGAGGUCACGGGCACCCCAGGACCCCCCUUAGCUACGCCCCUGUGCAUUUCCUUUGACCUCUUUUGAAAUGCAGUGCUCUUCAUUGCCGUUAAAUAAGGGUUUUAGGUUGUUCAAUUUUUUUCAAAGUGCCUCCUGGAUCCGAAUAAUUAUAAGCGGUUUUCUUUCUUGUCCGUGAAUGUGACUGUUUCCUACGAUGUUUUGUCACGCGAUAACUACCGCUUACCUCGUCGCUUUUGCGUUUCUCAUUACCAGGUUUAGAUUCCUCGUAACUGUCUCCAGCAAAGGCACAACAAACGAAUAUACAUAAAAGCGUCAAUAUAACUAUUCGCAACAUGUUCAUGAGCUGUAAGAAAGUUGCUAUUUGGAAAUAAACCGAAACCUGUGGACAUUGAUAAGUUCGGGGGCAUUUUGACGUGCCUUGUUUCGUAACGGCCACCUAAGUUACGAAUAAAUGUCUUGCUGUUUAUCACGUAAAAUUAACACUUCAGAGAAAAAUCAAAAUUAAAUAUUCUGAAAAUUAAUUUCACACUUUCAUAGCACCGAAACGGCUCUUCUCAGAGUCUACAAUGACAUUGCUAUGUCCAUUGACAAUCAAAAGUCUGUUGUUUUGGUUCUACUGGACCUGUCUGCUGCUUUUGAUACAGUUGAUCAUUCUCUUCUCCUUGCUAGACUAUCUACCCGUUUUGGCAUUUGCGACCAGGUACUGGACUGGUUUAGUUCAUAUCUAUCUGAUCGCUCUCAGUAUGUCAGAAUCCGAGAUGUCUCUUCUGAUGUGCAUGCCUAAACUUAUGGUGUACCUCAGGGUUCCGUGUUGGGCCCCUUGAUGUAUUCUUUGUACACUUUCCCCUUAGGUGAUAUUGCAAGAUCUCGUAGUCUAUCUUAUCACUUUUAUGCUGAUGAUACACAGCUAUAUUUAUCUUUUGAAACGUCAUCGCCUGAGGAUUUGUCAACAUGUACAUCUGCUCUUGAAGAUUGUGUUAAAUAUAUUGACCUUUGGAUGUUAAAUAACAAGCUGAAGCUGAACAGUGGGAAGACUGAAAUUAUAGUUUUUUCAUCCUCCUAUCGCCCACGUCCUGCGUUAAAAAACCUGGUGAUUGCCUCUGACACUGUUGACUGUUCAACUUCUGCUAAAAAUAUUGGGGUUAUUUUAAAUAACUCUCUAUCGAUGUUGCCGCACGUUACUGCCGUUUGCAAGUCUUCGUUUUUUCAUUUACGCAAUAUUUUUAAGAUUCGCAAGUUUCUUUCUUACGAUACAUGUAAAACUCUAAUUCAUGCCUUUGUUACUGCAAGGAUCGACUAUUGUAACUCAUUGCUUUACGGUCAGCCUUAAUGUAUCUUGAAACGUUUACAGAGUGUCCUAAAUAGUGCUGCUAGGCUUAUUCACCUUACUAGUAGAUAUGAGCAUGUUACGCCGUUGCUUAUUCAACUUCAUUGGCUACCAAUUGAACAAGGGAUAACUUUCAAAAUUGCAGUAAUUACAUUUAAGGCGCUUCAUGGUGCUGCACCUAGCUAUAUCACUGAUCUCAUCAAGCCUUAUACACCUGGUAGAUUUCUUAGAUCCUCCAAUCAAUUUUUACUUUCUACAUCUAAAUUUAAUCUUAAAACUUAUGGUGGCCGGUCUUUUACUAUUGCUGCACCUUCUGUUUGGAAUGCACUUCCAUUCGAACUUAGAUCUUGUAAUUCCCUUUCUUCUUUUAAAUCUAAGCUCAGGACUUGGCUUUUUAAAAUUGGUUAUGAUGUUGUCGUGUAGAAUGAUGAUGUUUUUAUAGGAUGACAAUGUAGUUUUGUAGUUUUGUAGGUUUAGGAUUUUGUUGUUAUUUUUAUUAUGUAAAGCGCUUUUGGACCAUUCGGAAUUUUUAUAGGAUGACAAUGUAGUUUUGUAGUUUUGGAGAUUUAGGAUUUUGUUGUUAUUUUUAUUAUGUAAAGCGCUUUUGGACCAUUGGGAAUUAGCGCUCUAUAAAUAUUGUAUAUUAUUACUAUUAUUAUUAUAUUAAAGCUCUUUUUAUGUAGAGGGUGCCCGGCUUUGUAUUCCUCAGCUUCUAAGCGUUAAAAUAAUCGAGUUUUUUCUGCGUUAUGUCCUGCCUGUCUUAAAUAUUUCAGCGACGAAACAUUCUUGAAAGAAAAUUUGAGCAAUUGACAAAGGAAGAAGUAUACGGUUAAUACCAUAUCCUUUUCAGAGUUAUUCCUUUUUUUUUUUCGCCUUGUAUAAAUUGUCCUGAGAUGUGGCGUCCUCCUUCCCUUUUCCUCUAAAAGGCGAGAGAAAAAGGUUUCUUUUUAUAACCAGUCCUGUUUUUUGUAAUCAGUCCCAUAAAAUCCAUUCCAUUCCCCAACUCCUUGUCUUGACUUGUCCAUUUCACUUUUGUAUUUUUGGUGGUUUCGGCGCCAACUAGUGUGUGUCAUGCGAAACCAUUUUAUUUGAUUUCAGGCCGCACUAUUUGUUUCGUCGUACCUCCAGUUCAGUCUCGAUUAAAUGAUUCGACAUUAUAUUGAACCAUUUGCGUAUGACUUGAACCAUUUGUAAAUGUUUGAGUGAGUUCUUACUUUAACAAACCGUUACGCAACAGAGCAGCCGAUUGUUCGUUAUCAAGCUCUAUCAUUUCGCACAGGGUAUAUUGAUCUUUGAUUAUUAUUUUGAAAAACAAACCGAUUCUUGUUUGGCGUUAUCGUUAUAACAUCUACCAGUGGACAGCUUCUCAUCGGACCAAAUCAUCUGUAGUUUAGGUGAACCAUUUCACACAAAUUAUUUUACGAAUGAUCAUUUCUUUAUUGUUUGAGCCAUUUCGUAAUUCAUCACUAGACCAUGUACGUUUUGUCUGUGCUAUUUGACAUGAUUGUGUUUUUGGUAACAGCUUUCCAUAUGACGAUUGUGACGUCACGAGUGCGAUACGUCUGCAAUGGCACUAAUUCAUGUACUAAUUUCCACACCGAGCCUCGUUUCUGAGAAAACGCUGAGUGGUGAAAUUUGCUCACCUGGCGUAAACAAGCAUAAGGGCUGUUAGAUUUGUUUUCGGCCGCUCUCUUGGUCCUCCCCCACUGCACUAGCCUCAUGUUGUGAAACUAAAGCGUGCCUCAAAUACAGAGCUACAUAUUUGAUAUUGGAAAGAAAUUGCUCUUCGAAAUAAUUAUUCUUAUUGAUUUAGUUCUAUUCGCGAAAAUGAAGAUUAAUCCACAAAUGACUUGGGCUUCGUUCCACGGUACGAACACUGUAAAACUACAGUGUUCCAUUGUGUGGGGGUAAAGUUACGAUCCUAAAAUUUGUAGGUCGAAAAGUGAGUAAAAGUCAAUGAAACCUAAACUGCAGUUAGUUGUUGUUGUUCUUAAUGCUCACUCGGAGUUUCGUGAAAUAUGCUCAAUUUCUCCCUCCAUACAAUAAAAUAAACAAGGUAGGUCGCAAGAUGAAAUCUCAGCCGUCAUCGUUUCCCUUACAACACGACCUUUCACAAAAUUCGAACUCCAACGGUAACUAAACCGACGCUAGGUUCGUAGAAAUAGGACUGCCCCUGAUAUAGAAACCAGUAAGGCUUCCCACCUAUCGAAAGAGUUCCAACAGACGUUUUGAAGCUGGAAGAGGAGAAUCCAUUAACAUGGCCGCUACCAUGAUGUAUUUAACAGAUCAACGCGCGGUGAAGCAAAGGAGGCUUAAGCCCUGUACAAAAUCAAAUCCACUCUGGGUUCUCGGGGUGGUCUUCUCAAUCUCAAAACGCUGGGCCUUGGUGACCUGCGAUUAAUCCUAGAAAAUGGAAUCGCUCCUGAGAAGCCCUAUCUGGUAUUGUUUUCGUGCCAGCGCAAACGCUAUACGUUGUAGUGUGAACAUUGCCUCAGAAUAUUUACGGUUAUGGAGCACUAUGUGCUCAAUUUAUACUUCGAUAAAACGCUAUUUGAGUUAGCUUUAAUGAAUGUUCUACUCGAUACACUGAAAUCUGUAAUGAAUAUGCCAUAUGAAUAUGCCUGGUCAUAUUUAACAUUAAUUUCAUUGACUGAAAUUUUCGCACUGAUAAAGAUCUAUUUCUUAGUAAUGAAUAGACAUCAUUGUUGUGCUACCUCCAAAAACACUACCACCCCAGUCCCCCCUUUUCCCAAAGACCAGGAAGUACAUAUCUUGCAUUAGAUAUGUAUGCAACGAGUCUUUUUUCUUUUCUAGUAUUUUAUCUCAGAGCUAACACGCUAUGAAAAUCAAAGGGUUCUUCUUUCACGACUGCCAAAAAUAAUGAUCCACGGUUUUAUUUAUUUCCAGUGUCUGGUAUUGAGUGUCCAGUGUGUACCAAUGUCAAUGGAUCAGGGGCAAGCAAAUGCGACAGUGGUAAAGUUCCCAAAGUUACCUGCCCCGAUGGAUUGGAUCAGUGUAUCACCUUGAAAGGGAAGAUGACGGUUCUUGAGUCGACUCAGGACUUCGAACAAAAGAACUGUUCCGACAACGCUUCGUGUGACUCAGCUAGCGACUACAACGGUAAGAACGUAACAGCAAAGAAUUUCAACCCCCCCCCCUCUCCGAGAGAGACUCCCAUAUAAAUUACACGUCGGGGAUGCUGGGCGUGUCUUUAUGGUGUAAAAAGUUCAGAGUUUGGUCUCGGUUAGUGUGAGUGUUGAUGAGGUAAAUGCUAUUUUUCUGCCCAUACAGAUCUAGCUUAUGGUAGUUAUAUAAAAAUGUUAAAAAAUACACAAAGAAAAAUGAAGACACCGUCAAUGCUGUAUCGAAGACAGCAUCAAUUUCAACAUCUUUCUUGCCAUUAAGUUUUACUUCAGCUGUUAAUUGGUUCGGGAAUUUGGUUUCCUGUAUUGGCACAACAAUUCCCAGAUGGUCUCUGUUAAUAUAUAGGGGUUACAAUAAGGCAAGGUCAAGCGUAUAGAUUCCAUUAACGAAUCGAUUAUUUGAAAAAAUAAACCAGGUAGUCGUUGCUGCAACUACUAACAAAUUCAAAUCUGCAUUCCUGUAUGCGUAAUGGGCAGUAAACUUUUUAUUCUCUGUAUUUGGUCAGAUUGAAAAUCUUUGAGUGGAUAGAAUUGCUUUAAAGACAUUUACAUCAAAUUCAUGCAAACCGAACAAGAGGAAAUUUCAUAACUACCUCGCGUAUCAAUUCACUGCAUGUUUGAAUGCAGGGAUGAAUCUGAAAUCUACUUCUACAAAUUAACGGAUUCAAUUUUUGAAUAAUGAAAUCAUAAAUGGAUCUUGGGGGGUACGCUUAACUUUGAAUUGCUUGACUGUAAAUUCUAAUUUUCCGAAGAGGAUCCCUGCACUUCUGAUAUGGGAGUCACCUCCUAUAUAUCAGCAGAAUAACUCCAAUCCUUCUUUUUCAGGGUGCAAGGUCCUUAACAUGACGGGCUCUCUUACUUCAUGUUCGCUUACC